GGGGUGAGAGCGCCGAGGGCCUCAGCUGGGUCGACGCUGUUGUCACCUGUUUGGGUAGCGGUGUCGCUGCGAACGGCACGGCCAUGGCUGGGGCGCUGGUGCGCAAGGCGGCGGACUAUGUCCGGAGCAAGGACUUUCGGGACUAUCUCAUGAGCACACACUUCUGGGGCCCAGUUGCCAACUGGGGUCUCCCCAUUGCUGCCAUCAAUGACAUGAAGAAAUCUCCAGAGAUCAUCAGUGGGCGGAUGACUUUCGCCCUCUGUUGCUACUCUUUGACAUUCAUGAGAUUUGCCUACAAGGUGCAGCCUCGAAACUGGCUUCUGUUUGCAUGCCAUGUAACAAACGAAGUAGCACAGCUCAUUCAGGGAGGCCGGCUUAUCAACUAUGAGAUGAGUAAGCGGGCAACUGCAUAGCCGUGCAAGGACCAGCUCUUGAAAGGGCCAGUGCCCCAGCCACCGCUGCCGAGCCACAGAUCACAUCAGCAUGAACAGUCUUGCUGAGGGGAAAACACGGAUGCUAUGUCUAAUAACCAUGCCAACAUUAUAGAGUAGUGGGAGUCCCUAACCCAACUCUCGGCUGCCUUAUUAAUGCUAAAACUUAUUUGUUUUCAUCGAGAGUAGUUCGAAGUAUGCACCUAAUGUAAUAGUUCUGAGUGAUGGUUCUCUCUAUAGCCAUCUGCGGCAAUAUGUAUAUUAUCUAUUGGGAUUGAGUAUAAAUCUAAGGAAACAAAAUUUUGUAACUAUAAGCACUUAAGUAUUCAAAACCCUUAACUUUUUCUUUAGCGACUACAGUACAGUACAUCCCUGAGUUGGUCAUAUGUCUACACGUAAUUUCCAGUGGUGACAAGUGCCAGUGUUUUCCAUACAGUGUAAUUCAGAUCUGUAACUUAAUGGCAAUAAAUGAUUUAAACAUU